UUUAGCAGUAUUCAUAUUUUGUAUUCGCUAUUAUAAUUUUGUAAUACUUUGGUGUAAAUCAAGUUCCAUACUAGUAUUAUAUCUUCUUUUUGAUAAUUAAAUUUGCAGUUUUAUUAUAAACUUGUUUAGAUUAAUUUAAGGCUUACUUUCAUUGUCGAUUCACCUUCAAAUUAGAUAUACCCUUCUAAAAUUUCGAUUAAGACUUUAUAAUUUCGGCUACUCGGAGAUUUGCCCUUGUCAGUGCUGACACCAAUUGGAAUAAACAAGUCGUGUCCAAUCUGUAUGUGGAAGGGGAUAAACCAGGAAUCCCCCGUUCUCACACUUAAAUGACCGGUUUAUUUUGCAUUUAAACAUAGGUUUUUAUGAUGUUUCUCUCUAAUGAUCUAAUAAUGUUUUAAGAAAGAUAUCAAGGAUUGUCUUUAUUUUAGAAUUCGUGUAAUAAUCGAAUAUAAGGCACACGAAAAAUGGAGCGAGACCAAAAACACCACUCGAAUCUAUGGUUUGAAAUUCGACAGAUAUGGCUUCGCAUGCUUCCUGAUAAUAUGUGGUUUUUCCCGUUUCCUAGAAUAAAAUAUCCGCUUGACGGUCAUCGUUUCGAGUCGAUUUAUGCCAUAAAGCAAGACUCUCUGCGAAUGUCGAAGAGGUUCUAGGAAAUCAGCUAUAAAGCUUGUUUCGAAGAUUAGAAAAACGUUGACAUAUGUACAUUCAAAUGCAGAAUUAACUUUAAGAAGGCGAAAAAAUUUUAAUGAAUUAAUUCAACGUUUACGUGUUAUUAAACCACUCCCGAAACCUUAUGAUUAUGACUGGGGUAUAGUUAAGAGAAUUUUUGCUUUUAUCUGGUAAACGUUUUUACGAUACGAAACAUCUAUAUAUUAAUGACAUAAUUCUUUCAAAAUGGGGAAAGUGCAAUUCUCACUCUUUGUGAUAAAUUUUUUGUUUUAUCUUUUUCGCUUUGAUUCAUUUAAGAGGAUAUUCGAAAGAAUUGCAGAAGAAAAUAUGUCCAUAUCGAAAUUUUACGAAAGUCGUGAGAUAUUUGUAACGGGAGCAACAGGAUCUUUGGGACAGGUGCUUUUAGAGAAAUUGCUAAGGUCCUGCAAUAAUGAAAAGAUUUACGUUUUAAUCAGAAGCAAAAAAGGAAUGUCAGCGGAAGAGAGGAAGACGGAAUUGUUUCGUUCUAAAAACGAAGUAGAAUUUCUCGGCUAUGUCAUCAAAGACGGAACAAUUAGACCUUCUCCGACUAAAACAGCAGCCGUUCAAAAGUUUCCACAACCCAAAACCAGAUGGCGUAAAAUUCAAAUUCUGUCCAGAACAACUAGAAGCAUUUCAAAAAUUGAAGGACAUGCUAUCACAAAGUCCAGUUCUCCAUAUUUUCAAGCGUGGCGCUCCAUUAAAAACAAUACGGAUGCAAGUUGCCUCGGGUUCGGAGCAGUUUUGCUACAACGAGCUGACAACGGAAAGUAUUACCCGAUCAAUUAUAUGAGUAGGAAAACAUCGCCUCAGCAAGAAAAAUAUAACAGUUACGAGUUAGAAGUACUAGCUGUAAUCGAGGGCUUGAAAAAUUUUCGAAACUAUUUGUUGGGUUCGAAAUUUAAAAUAAUUACGGACUGUGCUGCGUUUCAACGAACACUCGGAAAGAAGGAGCUUACUCCAAAAUUAGCAAGAUGGUCUUUAUUACUUGACGAAUUUGACUAUGAAGUUGUCCAUAGGAAAGGCAGCCAGAUGAAGCAUGUGGAUACACUAAGCCGCAAGGCAGUUUUACUAAUUACGCGUUCUUCCGACGAAAUGACAACAAGAAUUGUUUCUGCACAGGAUACUGACGAAAAUAUAAAAGCUCUUAAGGAUUCAGCGAGAAAAGGAAAGACAAAUGAUUAUGUACUGAAAAAUAACGUUUUAUAUAAAUACGAAAACGGACUAGAACUAAUUGAGUACAUUUUUAUAAAGAAUCGAACACAAUUACGACAACUCAAAUUUGUCCGAUUUUUCUACUCGCUUGCGUUACCUUACACAAUCAAAUUUGUUAUCGAAUUUCUAAUAUAUUCAUUAUAUUUACAAAAGAUUUUCGAAAAUGUUCUACUGAAUAAUCCGGAAAUUACGGAUAAAGUUAAAUGCAUCGAAGGGGACCUCACUUGUGAGAACUUAGGAAUUUCCUCGUGUCAUAUGAAUUUGAUAACGAAGAAUGUUUCGGUGGUGUUUCACUUGGCCGCUUCUGUUAAAUUCGAUGAAUCUUUUCGAGAUUCGUUCGUCAAUAACGUAGAAACGACAAAAAAUGUAGUAGAAAUUUGUCGUCGAAUGAAAAAUUUAGUGGCAUUCGUACACGCAUCUACCGCUUAUUCUUUCUGCGACAGAAAGGAAGUGGAUGAAAAAAUCUAUACAAUGGCCAGAAGUUACGAGGAAUUUAAGAACAUUGCAAAUGUAGAGAAUAAUGCUUCGGUACAAAUAACAGAAGAAAAUCUUUUGGAAAAUCGACCCAGUACUUAUCAUUUAACAAAGGCCAUAACAGAAAAUUAUUUAAAUAAUUUCUGUAGAGAUUUGCCUAUAAUCAUUGUAAGACCUUCUAUUGUUGGUUGCACUUGGAAGGAACCUUUUUCCGGAUGGAACGAUGGCAAUAGUGGAACAGAUUACGUAGCCGCAAUUGGAUUGAAAGGAAUACUUCGAAGCAUGUUGUGUGACGAAGCGAAAGUUUUUGAUUUCGUUCCAUCGGAUGCAGUGGUUAAUUUGAUGUUGGCUGCUGCUUGGAGAAAGUCAAUUUUCGAAGAUGUUCUACUGAAAAAUCCGGAAAUUACGGAUAAAGUUAAAUGCAUCGAAGGGGACCUCACUCGUGAGAACUUAGGAAUUUCCUCGUGUCAUAUGAAUUUGAUAAUGAAGAAUGUUUCGGUGGUGUUUCACUUGGCCGCUUCGGUUAAAUUCGGUGAAUCUUUUCGAGAUUCGUUCGUCAAUAACGUAGAAACGACAAAAAAUGUGGUAGAAGUUUGUCGUCAAAUGAAAAAUUUAGUGGCAUUCGUACACGCAUCUACCGCUUAUUCUUUCUGCGACAGAAAGGAAGUGGAUGAAAAAAUCUAUACAAUGGCCAGAAGUUACGAGGAAUUUAAGAACAUUGCAAAUGUAGAGAAUUAUGCUUCGGUACAAAUAACAGAAGAAAAUCUUUUGGAAAAUCGACCCAGUACUUAUCAUUUAACAAAGGCCAUAACAGAAAAUUAUUUAAAUAAUUUCUGUAGAGAUUUGCCUAUAAUCAUUGUAAGACCUUCUAUUGUUGGUUGCACUUGGAAGGAACCUUUUUCCGGAUGGAACGAUGGCAAUAGUGGAACAGAUUACGUAGCCGCAAUUGGAUUGAAAGGAAUACUUCGAAGCAUGUUGUGUGACGAAGCGAAAGUUUUUGAUUUCGUUCCAUCGGAUGCAGUGGUUAAUUUGAUGUUGGCUGCUGCUUGGAGAAAGUCAGUAAUGCCUCGUCGAAGAGAAGACGAAAUUGCAGUUUACAAUUGCACUUCAGGUUCCAUAAAUCCUUUCACUACACAACAGUUUUUCAAAUGCUUAAAUGCGAAUUAUUGGAAAUAUCCCUCGGAGAACACAUUUUUAUAUCCAACAAAUAUACCCAAGAAGAGUUAUUAUUGGAAUCGUGUAUGCAUUAUGACGCAACAUCAACUUCCUGCAAUUCUAGCCGAUGUAUUACAAGUUGCUAUUGGCAGGAAACCAAAGAUGAUGAAAGUCUACGAUAAAGUUCAUAAUAACUUAAGUUUGCUGGAAUAUUUUUGUACUAGAGAUUGGAAGUUUAGUACUAGAAACGUGCGGCAAUUGCUGGAAAGGAUGUCGACGAAAGAUAAACAGUGUUUCGACUUUGACAUCUCAAGACUCAAUUGGGACCGUUACAUGGAAGAUUACUUUCUGGGCAUCAGAAGAUUUGUUUUGAAGGAAGAUGACUCCACCAUCGCUCGAAGCAGAAAACUAAUAUUAAUGAAAUAUUAUAUUAUUUUACUCGCAAAAUGUGUAUUGCUUUUCGGAUUUCUUUACAUCCUGAGUUUCUAUUCAUUCUAAUUUUUCCUAGAUAAAGUUUAUUGGUUUUUUAAAGUUAAAAGCUAUUAUAUCCUAGUAUUCAUGUAUCAUUUAUUACUCUGUCACGAUAUAAACCAUAGAAUAUACUGAGAAAAUGUGGUUAUCGAUGUAUUAGAAAAAAGUGAUGUCUAAAUUUUUGUGUCUAAUUAAAACCUUCAAA